GAGCGUGCGGGCGGUGCUAGUGGCGGGAGGAGUAAAGAUGGCGGUGCGGGGGUCUCCGCCUUCUGCUCCCGGCUGAAGCGCUCUGAGGGAAGCGGCAGCGGCAACUGGGGCAGCAAUAGCAAUCCAGUGGUGGUAGUUUCAGCAGCGGCUGCUGAGGCCGAAGCAAUGGCAGAAUUGGAGCACCUAGGCGGGAAGCGGGCGGAGUCGGCGCGAAUGCGGCGGGCUGAGCAGCUUCGGCGCUGGCGGGGCUCGCUGACAGAGCAGGAACCCGCGGAGCGACGAGGCACCGGGCGGCAGGCUCAGACUCGUCGCGGGAGCCCAAGAGUCCGCUUCGAGGACGGUGCUGUCUUCCUGGCCGCUUGCUCUAGCGGGGACACCGACGAGGUGAAAAAGCUUCUGGCAAGAGGUGCAGACAUCGACACGGUCAACGUGGACGGUUUGACAGCCCUGCACCAGGCCUGUAUUGAUGAAAAUUUGGACAUGGUGAAGUUUCUGGUGGAGAACAGAGCCAAUGUAAACCAGCAGGACAACGAGGGCUGGACACCCCUUCAUGCAGCAGCUUCCUGUGGCUAUCUCAACAUAGCAGAGUAUUUCAUUAACCAUGGAGCCAGUGUGGGUAUUGUGAAUAGUGAAGGUGAAGUCCCCUCUGACCUUGCAGAAGAGCCUGCCAUGAAGGAUCUUCUUCUGGAACAAGUGAAGAAGCAAGGAGUUGAUCUAGAGCAGUCAAGAAAAGAAGAAGAACAACAGAUGUUACAGGAUGCCCGCCAGUGGCUCAACAGUGGGAAAAUAGAAGAUGUAAGGCAGCCUCGUUCAGGGGCCACAGCCCUCCAUGUGGCGGCUGCCAAGGGCUACUCUGAGGUCCUCAGACUUUUAAUUCAGGCUGGCUAUGAACUCAAUGUUCAGGAUUAUGAUGGCUGGACUCCCCUCCAUGCUGCUGCGCACUGGGGUGUGAAGGAGGCUUGCUCCAUCCUGGCGGAAGCACUCUGUGAUAUGGAUAUCAGGAACAAACUGGGCCAAACACCAUUUGAUGUGGCUGAUGAGGGUCUUGUGGAGCACUUGGAGAUGCUCCAGAAGAAGCAGAAUGUGCUUCGAAGUGAAAAAGAGACACGGAAUAAGCUCAUUGAGUCAGACCUGAACAGCAAGUUGCAGAGUGGACUCUUUAAGAACAAAGAGAAGAUGCUCUAUGAAGAAGAGACACCCAAGUCCCAAGAAAUGGAGGAAGAAAGCAAAGAGUCCAGCAGUUCCAGCUCAGAGGAGGAGGAAGGCGAAGAUGAAGCUUCUGAGUCAGAAACCGAGAAGGAGGCAGAUAAAAAACCAGAAACCAUUGACAACCAUUCCAACUCUGAAAGCAAGAGUAUUAUUACGGAACAGAUACCAGCACCAGCUCAGAAUACCUUCUCUGCCUCUUCAGCCAGGAGAUUCUCCUCCAGCCUUUUUAACAAGCCGGAAGAGCCCAAAGAUGAAUCUCCUUCUUCGUGGAGACUGGGACUCAGAAAAACUGGCAGCCACAACAUGCUGAGUGAGGUGGCCAAUUCCAGGGAAGCUCUAAGGGACCGAGGCUCUUCUGUCUACCGGUCAUCAUCAAGCCCUCGGAUUUCUGCUCUGCUGGACAACAAAGACAAGGAGAGAGAAAACAAGAGCUAUUUUAGUUCACUAGCACCCCGGAGGCUCAGCAACACAAGUGACGUCGAAGAAAAGGAGAACAGAGAAUCAGCUGUCAAUCUAGUGAGGAGUGGGUCCUAUACUCGCCAGCUCUGGAGAGAUGAAGCGAAGGGAAAGGAAACUCCGCAGACAGCUGUUCCAUCCACCUAUGUAUCAACCUACUUGAAAAGUGCUUCAUUUGGUAGAAGUAGUGACCCCACAAGUCCCUACAUUUCAGCCAAUCGCAAUUCAUCUCCUGCUACCUCACCCAUUACCAUUGGUUCAUCUACCUCUCGGGGCAGCAAGUGGCAACCUGCCUCUUCUUGCCCUGCACCAAUCAGUGCAAACACUACUGCAUCUGUACACCAUGGCAGGACUCCUUACAAAUCACAGGCUGACUCAACAGCAGAGAAAACAGCAGACAAUGUCUCUUCCAGCACCCCGCUCUGUGUGAUCACUAAUCGCCCUCCACCUAACACUGCCAAUGGGGUUACAACUGCCACUCUGCUCUCCACUCCUGGAACAGACUCCUCUGUGGAAGCCAGGGAGAAGAGGAGGUCAUAUCUGACUCCUGUACGGGAUGAGGAAGCAGAAUCUUUACGGAAAGCACGCUCCAGACAAGCUCGGCAGACUCGAAGGUCUACUCAAGGCGUGACACUAACGGACCUUCAAGAAGCAGAAAGGACAUUCAGCCGAUCGAGGGCAGAACGGCAAGCUCAGGAGCAGCCUAGCCAGAAGCCUGCGGGCACUGAAGGGCUUGAGGGAAGCACAGAGAAGCAGGAGCCCUCAGCAGUCCCGGCAAAGGAAGCUGGCGAGAGCCGUCAACCCUGGGGCGGGAGUCUGGAUGAGGAGCCUGUCUAUCGUCGCCUGAGGUAUUCAGCUCAGCCAGACAAACCCACAACACCAGUGUCUCCUUCUGCAUCAAGACCCACUCUCUACACCAGUUCCCAUCUGCUACGGACAAGCAGAUCUUCAGUCCCUGACUCUGAGAGUUCAGAGACCACCACAAACACUGCAGUUGCAAAAGAAAUGGACAAAAAUGAGAGUGAAGAUGCAGAUGUGGAUGAUCAGUCCUCUAAUAGACUGUCCAUCCGUGAGAGGAGGAGGCCCAAGGAACGACGAAGAGGCACAGGCAUCAAUUUCUGGACAAAGGAUGAAGAUGAAACUGACGUCUCUGAAGAGGUAAAAGCAGCACUGCAUGAAAGACUUUCUAGGUUGGAAUCAGGAGGUAGCAACCCUACCAGCAGCGAUUCUUACGGUGACCGUGACCGGGCUUCAGCAAGAGCCCGACGGGAGGCACGGGAGGCCCGCCUCGCCAGCCUGAGCAGCCGAGCGGAAGAGGACACCAACAGGGAUUAUAAAAAACUCUACGAGAGUGCCCUAACCGAAAACCAAAAACUGAAAACAAAACUUCAAGAGGCCCAGCUAGAGCUAGCAGAUAUAAAGUCCAAGCUUGAGAAGAUGGCCCAGCAGAAACAAGAAAAGACCUCUGACCGAUCGUCGAUGCUGGAGAUGGAGAAACGGGAGAGGAGAGCCUUGGAGCGGAAAAUGUCCGAGAUGGAGGAGGAGAUGAAGAACCUCCACCAGCUAAAACAGAUUCAAACCUUGAAGCAGAUGAACGAGCAACUGCAGGCUGAGAACAGGGCCCUGACCCGAGUUGUGGCCCGACUCUCGGAGUCCGUCGAGUCCUCGGAUACCCAGGAGCUCUAGUUCUUGCCCCUCUUCUCCACCUCACUUUCCUCCUCCACCACUACAGGUGUUAACAGAACUGAAAUCCGACAACCAGAGGCUGAAAGAUGAAAAUGGUGCCCUCAUCAGAGUCAUCAGCAAACUGUCCAAAUAGACUAGGCUCCAGAUUUAGGAGGGAUAGGACGGCAUUUGCUGCCCCCAUGCCUCUUUUCCAGCCAUUGUCUUCCAACCAAAAGAAGUGAAUGUUUUGGUGGAAGGACCACUUCUUUCUGCCCCUCUUCCAGUCACCUUCUCUGCACUGUACAUUUCCUCUGCACUCUCAGUGCCCCUGUUCUUCCUAUACCCCCACCCCCUGAGUUUUAUGACAGUUUUAAUUGAAGCAUGAUUGUGAUAAUUGGAGCCAUUCGAGCCAUCUGGAGAAGGCCUUGGGGAGUACACCAGGCUCAGCUGUGGACCCCAACUUCCUGCUGCUCAGCUACUUGUCCACAUUGGAUUUGGUCCAAACAUGUAAGGCCUCUACCCAAACCAGUACCCCACAGCCUUUCACGCUCUUCCAGUGUCCUCUGAUAUAGGUGAGUCUUAUGGUGGCCACUCCAGGAUCCUGUCUGGGAUGCCAAGAGAAACAGGAUGUUGGCAAAAUCAUCCGACAGCUUCUGGAGCUGUGUUUCCAUUAGAUUCAAGGUGACAGUGACUCUGCAUUGAAGGUCUCUGCUAGUCUUCACCUCAGGAACUGACUUUUCUCUAACUCCUUGCUGGUGUUACUGUUACUUUUUCUAUCAACAACCCAGUAACAUCCCUGACUAGUCUUAACUCCUACUCCUCCCUCAUGCCUCGUCCCCUUCCCCAGGGCUCAGAUGACCCUGGCUUCAUUUAUUCCUUUCCUUUCUAUCCUUUUAUUUUUCUUUCUGUCUCCCCUCCACCACCUCACCACAUGGUGUAAAAGCUAGAAUGGAGCAUCUGACCUCCCUUGCCUUUGGCCAUUAUGGAAAGUCAUUUCUCCUGGGGCACUCUGGAGACCAGAAGAAUUGCCUUGGUGGCAGCACCACCGGCCUUCUCGCUGAAAAGCCAGACCAUGGCAUAAAUGUCAGCCCAUGUUCUCAUCUCCUACGUGUUUUCCCUACACAGUGAGUUUCUUUAGUAGAAAAUCUGGGCUCUGAACACCCCAUUCCGCCUCACCUCCUUUUGACCUUGUUUUCCUCUCUUCACUCUGGCACCUGCUCCUAAUGAAAAAGGAAGUCCUCGCAAGGAGGCAUGAGAGCUGAGGAGGGUAGAUUGAUGGGAGGUAGACUAGGGAGUGAAAACAGGUUGGAAAGACAUAUAUGGUGUAAAGUAGAGUAGCUGGGGACACUUGCAGCCUCGUGACAAGGUAGAAGAUGGCAGCCCAUCGUGCUGUGAUAAUGGUGGUGAAUGUGACUGUUUCUGGUGGCUAGAUUUAGGGGAGAGACCUUUGUUUCCUUAGAAGCCAGCAGGAACAAUGACUUCUUAACAGAGGUUGAAAGUGAUGAGAUCCUUCCAACCCAUUCAUGAGAGUCAUGGAAUCUUUGGCAAAGCCCAGAGAUCGUAUGAUGGAGCUUUCCAUUGUUGUGUCACAGGGAACCCCUCCCCCCCACACACACAUACCACGGUCAGGUGUUCCCUGGUGGCUGUGCACUUAAUCCUUGGAAGUUGGGCAACUCUGAUAACCAGAAAGUUUUUCCUAACAUGAGUUAAGGUCUGCCUGUGGAUUCUCCACAUUGUCCAGUACUGCCUUUGAUGUGACAACCCUUCAGAUAUGUGGAGGCGGGGAUCUCCCCUUAACCUUACUUCCAGCUGAUGUUUCCCCAGUCCUUUGGGGCACUCCCCACAUGGCAUACUUUUCCUGUCUGUCACAUCUCGUCUGUCGUCUCUUGGAAAAAAACAGCCUUUUAAAAUAUGCCCAGACCUGGACAGAUACUCCAUUAGCACAAAAUUAAACCAUUGGUCCUUGGUGAUGACCCAAUAUUAAUACUCAACGUAUUUGCUCUUUAUCGGUAUUCUCCCUUGGUUCGUUUAUUUUGAGUGUGCAAGUCAUUUAAAUUCUCCUCAUUUUAGAGCUGCCCAUGAUAUUCAGCGCUUUGAAUGAUCCAUUCUCUUAACAUAUACUACCUCUGUCCAUUUUUUAUUUCUUUCCAGAAAAUGACAAUAUAGUUCUCCAUGGCUCUUUGAAACAUUACAUGCUCUUUAAACCAGAGGCUAUAAUUCAAGAUCCUAAUUCCAAAAUAGGAAAUAUGUCUCCCCUGACAAAACCCCAUUUUUAGAGUAUACAGAAGUCUCUCUUCCAUUUCCAACUAUUUUCCAAGAGAAGCUGCUACUGAUUAGGAUUUUGUAUGAUCAUGGGAGCGCUGUGCACUCAGUUCUCAGGGAAUGCUAAAUUAGAGUAAAAUGUUUCCUCGCUUCCACCAUGAACAUCUCCUUCAUUCUAGGGAGAGGGGAAAUCAACACAAGGUGUUGAGUAAUUGGUUCUCCUGGCACAUCCUGGACGUUGGGCAAGGGAUGGGGGUGGUUGCUGCCUCUUUCUCAGAAAAAGAAUUAUUAGGAAAACAUUUUGACCCUCUUCCGUUAGAUAGACAGGGUAAAGGGGGUUACAGAGAGUUCCCUCAGAUCUGUUUGUGUCUUUCAAAAGCGUGGGACAGAGUCUAAAAACUCUUAGGGUGGUGUUAUGCCCCUGCUGCUUCACACAGCCCUUUCACAUUAAAGAUGCCUUUUCUUGCCAGAAAAGUUUUCCUUGUGAUGAAAAAUUAACAAGCUUCUCAAUCUCAGGAAUAUUGAAUUCUAUGGCCAAGAGCUCAUGAAAGUGUAAACCACGCUAGGUAAUUUCAGGCACUCUCUCCUAUGCAAUUAAUUUCAUUAGACAGAUAGACUCUGAAUUCUGGUCCCUUUCCAGAAAAUAAAACACCCUUUCUUCACAGUUGGAUUGACUGGAAGCCCCAGGAGUGAUGGUUAGAGACCUAAUGACCAGCUGUGCACCCUGGGUGCCAGCCACAGCAGGCCCCCCUUCUCUUGUGCUGUUGGUCUCUCUGGUGGCCACAGAACUUCUGUCCUCAACCUGCUGGUUUGGAUGCCUGUGAGCACCCCAGAUAGCUCAAAGCUGCAUGAAUACUGCCGGUCUGGCCAACAAUUUGGGGCCCGGCUGUGUCACUUUAGUCUUGACAUGAAAUAUCAGAAUGAGGAAGAGAAGGUUCUCAGUACAGCUUUAUAUCCUCUGUUCUCAUUAAUUUGAUAUUUUUCAAAACCAAGCCACACCUUUGGGAGUAAUGGUUUGGCCAUUCCAGAGAUUCUCUGGCUGAAGUUGCCUAUUUGUCUUUCAAGGGCUGCUUAUUCUUUUCCAGAUAGCUCUUGGGCAUGAUGGCCUCUGACCCCAGUCCCGGUCUCUAGUGCAACAGGGUUAUGCAAAUCUUGGGGUGUUGCCUUGAAAGAAUCUACAGAAUAGACCUGCCCUGGGCUUAUUCAGUGCACUGAAUUCUCUUUUGGGCAGUCUCACUUGAUAUUUCCUGGAACCUCCCUGCUGUGUCCUAUCCAACAGCAGGAUGUGUUCUCUUCUGGGCCUUCCUGUCCCCCAUUCCAUGUUUGAGACCAAGAUGCAUGCAUUGCUGUCUGAGGCUACUGGUGGAAGGAGGCUUCAGAUCUCUGGUUUGGAUCAUUUCACAUGCUUUCUCUGCCCAAAACAAAACGUGCUUAUUGGGCAGUUCCAAGAAGGCUGAAACCCCACGUAUCAGCCUAUGAAUCCCACAAAAAUGUGUGUGAACUGUUUUGCUAUCAGGGGCUUUUAACUGAGCCAGAGAUGAGAAAAGAAACUCUCAAGGCCAUGCAAUUAGUUCGGUCUCUGGAUUUCUGGCCCCAGUGCAGCCUCUCCUCACCAGACAGACAGAUACACUGCCUCCCCUCCGAGAAUGGCCAGCAUUUCAGCCCCGGCCGCUGGCACAGGAGAAGGUCCUGGCGACAUGGGUGCCCUCCGUGUGCGGUGGUGGGUGCAAGGUGAGCAGAAGCGGCAUGGACAUGAGAGAACUAUUUAAUGUGUUGUCAGCUAUUCGGCCUCCAGGCUGCUUUGCACCACAAAAGGGAAAGUGUGUAAAAGAUUCGGCAACUGAGCCAAUAGGCAGGGGGGACACCUAAUUCCACCCCACCCAGUGAGCCACCAUUUCCACUAGAGCUUAAGGACGUCACACUACAUGGACCCCGGCUGGUGUCCUCCUCUUCCAGCCAUUCUCAGGGGCCGUUGUUUGUGCUAACACUGCACCUAACUUUAGACACACAGUUGUCAAUUAUUGGUGGUCCCUGCCCAAAUCUAGGCCCAACUGUAACUGCAGAUCUUGGUCUCCAUGCUGGUUUUUGGUUUUUUUUUUAAUUUUUUUUUUUAACGUUUAUUUAUUUUUGAGACAGAGAGAGACAGAGCAUGAAUGGGGGAAGGUCAGAGAGAGAGGGUGACACAGAAUCUGAAACAGGCUCCAGGCUCUGAGUUGUCAGCACAGAGCCCGACGCAGGGCUUGAACUCACAGACUGCAAGAUCAUGACCUGAGCCGAAGUCGGACACUUAACCGACUGAGCCACCCAGGCGCCCCUCCAUGCUGGUUUUUAAGGCAGAUUUCAACCCAUCAAAGGAUGUGAUUCCUCUGACCCAAUAAGCAAGACAGCUUUGAGGGCAGAAUAAGGCAACAUGAAGGGAUAAGCCCCUAGGAGUCAGAACAUCAGAUUCGAGGGCCAACUCUUGGGACCUUGGGAAAGGCACCUUCCCUGUCUGCAAAUGGUGGUUGGACUGAUAAUCCUUGAGAUCCCUUCUAGGCUUCAGAUUCCGUGAUUUGUUUAUACCUAGGAAUUUCAGAAUAUUUCUUACACUCAGAAUUUUUGCUCUUUCCAAGGGCAAAAAUUCUUGGUUUCUUCUGGAUUCAAACUGUUUUAACAUCAGCAAGUCAAGGUUGGCUUCUCAUCCUUGUUAGAAAGUGAAUUUAAUACUGAGGGUAAUUGAAUGGUGUUGGCAAUUGCUUUCCCUCCUAAUGGCUGGGUAAGAAUAUUAAAACCUGCAGAGGUGGAAAUUGGAGCUCAUGGGGAAAUGGAUAGAAAGCAAUUUGUUGCAGGCAGCCUUUGGACAAAUUGUUUUAAUAGGAAAUAGAGCUGCUCCUUCAUAGAUUUCCUCCACCUACCUUUCCUCCACCUUCUCGAAUGUGGUCUACAUGGCCGUUCACAUCCAAAGAGCAGACCUUGCCUUUCUGCUUAGCACCAGCUUGCUCAUAGUCUUAAAUUCUGCCCUGUAGCAGCAAGAGAAUUUUCCUCAGUGAGAACCUCAGCCUUUAGUUCUGUUGAGCUCCUCUGGAUUCUGGACUAGAAGUAGGACGUUCCAGUGCUGUUCACGAUGGUCCUUCCUUUAAGCAGGUCUGCAGGAGCACUCUACCAGGGCAGUAAAAGCUUUAGACCCUAAGUCCACACAGCCGUAUUGCAUAGAACAGCACUCAGCCCUGACAAGCCUCCUGCAGGACCGGGUGUGAGCAGAGUGGAAGGACAGAGACCCUGAAAGGGGAGGUGGCCAUGAGCUGCAGUGGGAAGGUGGGAAGAAGGCAGAACAAAGAGCAGCGUGGAGGCCGCCAGCCCCAGAGGAAGGGGUCACUGAGCCACGGAGCCGCAAGCAGGGGAAUGAGUGCUGGCUCUCUGGUGCCCUCAUCCUUUGGCCCCCAGCGGAGCGCAGAUUUUAAUCAGCUUCCCUAAUGGGUAUCGACAUUGCUUGGGAGCAGUGGACCCUAUCAGGGAACAGCUAUUGAUCGCUUGUGUUCUGAUUAGAUUGGAAAACAGAUCAACUUCGCUGCUGCCCAGGAACUGUUGUUGUCACAGCUACUCGGGAAGGAGGUGGUCUCUGGGGACGGAGAAAAACCAAAUCGAGAAUCUUGACUAGCCUGCCAACGACUACAGGGGAAGAGACGCAUUCACUUGUCCUUUGAGAUUUGUGGGUGAGCGUCAAAUUGUACCUAGUGUGGCUUGCAACCCAGUGUCCCGGAAGCCCCUCCUCAGGAAGAACUGUAAUAAGAGGCUGUGUUUACAGACAGGCACCACCGAUGAGUGAUGAAUUGACGAAUGAUCUUACCUAGAGAGGUUUAACAAUUUAGAGAGCACUCUGGCUUCUAGCCUGUGUGCAUACACACGCACAUUUGCUAGCACAGAGCUUUCAGAAGGAAGUCUGGCAUAUUCUUGAUGAACCAGUUUUAUCCAAGUGUAUUGUCCUGUUCAUUCCUAUAUUUUGCUUUCCCCCUGCCCUUCCAGUCCCCUAAAGGACUUCUCCCUGAGCCAUUCUCCCAUCUGCUUAUCAUUUUGGACUGUGAUUAUUCCAGAGUGAUACUUUCCGUUAUUUCUCCAAAUUUCCCCCUCACGCUUCCAAUAAACUUCUUGGGUGUCCCCUUAAAGUAACAUGAGGGUGCUCUUAUGUCCUUCUCCCCCUCCCCCCAGGAAAACAUACCAUUCACCCUUCCUCUCUCCGCUUCCUCCAUUCUUUGUUCUUUGCUUUUCUCACUUGGAGCUGAUGGUACUUAGGGGAGGAGGUUUUCCACAAAUCAGCCAUGAUUCCUGGAGGAGUUCCAUACGCCAACAACUACUACCACCACCACCAGCCUCUUCUAGUUUCAGAGGUCCCUGGCUGUGCUAAUGGCCUCUCGGAAAUGAGGUUUGAAUGGCGGGCCUGUUCGACUUCUCCACAGACUGGCCAGAGAGACCAUGGGUAGCCAUGUCUAGUUUUUGUUCUGAGAGUUUUGGCUAUUUCCAGCUAGAGACAGAGUGUCUUCUCAGAAGAAAACUUCAGCCCAUUGCUGCCUUGUAGGAGAAGAUUCAGGAAAGGCACAGUGACUUCAGUGAGCCUGUCUGAGCCUCUGAAGUCCCACAAAACCAGAGUUGGGGGAUGAGUGCAGAUCCUGAACAGGGACAUGUGAUGUCAGCAUUUACUAGACUCUCACCUUAACAUAUCUGACCUUGCCUUUUCUCCCUCCCACACCACUGAAGCCUGGGACAGAUCCCAGUGUGUCCUCUGGUGAAGAAGGCCAAAUAAUGAGCCAUUAGAGGAAGAAGGACGUAGGGGCUCAAGCACAGAACACCAGCAGGGAUAGGAGAGGGUUCUGGAAGGAUGCACAAAUCCACAAUAACUCUGCUUCUAGUUAGUGUCCCUUGAGCCCUUGAACGAUCGGGCCUGCCACCUAGCUGGCACCUAAGUAGGGCCAUCAUCUCCCUGAAGAGGGAGGGAACAUGUUUUGCCCAUGCACUCUCUGCUCUCGGAGAAUGUACGGACUUACGCCAUUCAGACUCAGCCUUUGUCUUUAUGGCUUCCCUCCCUCCGUUCUUCCUCUGCCUUGACCUUGAUCAGAUAGGGGCGAGAAGAGCUUGUAAGAACCACUCUGGGGUCUUCAUGCCUCUCCCAUUUUCAGGGUUGAAUUUUGUGUCUUCUCCACUCCACUCUUCACUCCCGACCUCACUUCCACCGCAGUUCAAGCGCCAGAAGUAACGUUUCCAGCUGAGUUGUGUGGAUUAAUUUCAGUCCCUUGUAAAUACACCUGGGGCGGGCUAGGGGCAUUUAGGGAGGGGAGCCAGAUUCGCUUUGUGAAUUGAAUGUAUUUUUAUGCAAUUUUGAGUGGCCUUUCAACCCUGAGAUGAAUGAUUUUGUUUUACUGGUUGUUAUUAUAUAGUAUUAAGUAUUCUGUGUUUGAAAGUUUGGGAAUAAUAAUAUUCACAUCUAUAUGAUGCCUGUAAACACAACCAUAUUUAUAAAUGAGUAAAUAAAACCGUGUUUUAACUUUGUGA